AUGCAUUCUUCUAUUUUUGCCAUGUUUAAAGGUGACUCUACCCAAGUCAAGGCCAGUUCAUCUUAUAUGGAUGGUGACUUUGACCUACAUGAGGUCUUGAGGGAUAGAAAUCCCUUGGAAAUAGUUGAUCAUGAAGAAGAUUCCCCUUUACGUAGUGUCUUAGGAGAUAUUUCCCAUGGGGCUAACUUCUAUGAAGGCUUUGACGAGAGGUAUCAAGAAGAGGUUGAGAAAGCCUCUAAGGAUAGCUCUUCAAAAAUUGAUAAAAAGUUUGCUCAUGACCUAGAUGACCUAACCUGCAGAGCCAUCCUGGUGCAUCCUACUACAAAGGUGUUUGACAAGGAAGCUUUGAAGAGAUCCAUGGCUGGUAAGUUCAAAGUCAAACUAGAGGGUAGUGGGAAUGUGAGACCCUCAAAGAAGCCAAGACAUUUGGUGAAAAAGUCCGAGGUCACCAUUCUUGAAAUCAACCUACCAGAUCCCAAGAGGACCAUGACUUCUGACCUCCCCCUUCUGAAGAGAAGACUGAGAAGGUCCAAGAAGUUAGUAACAAAGAGGUAUUCUGAGAUAGAGGCUGAGGUGAUUGCUAGAGACAAGGCUACAGAGGAGCUAAAGAAAGGCGUUGCAAAGAGCUUAUUGGACGGAUUUGAGAACUUCAGGGACCAGAUUGAGGAGAAAUUAUCUGACCUUGACUUAAAUUCCUUCGAUUCUUCCCUUUCUAAAGAUGAGACCAGGAAGGAUAAGGGAACAACCGAGGGACGGGGAAAAACAGCAAGUCGAGACGACUGA